UGAUGUGAUGUGAUGUGAUGGACGAGCGGAGCAGCACAUGAGCACAGGUGCAGAGGGAAAGAGCACCGGCCCACCGGAAGACCGGAAGACUUGGCAGUAAGGCUCCCUCCCUACUCCACUCAGGAGGCGCGAGGCGCGAGGCGCGAAUGGUGAUUAGGUGUCGAUAGCUCGUCGCAAGGCGAAGCGAUGCCGGCCGGCCGGGCGGGCGGACGGGAGGGCGGAUGGUAGAUCCGGCCGACCGGCGCAAGGCGAGUCCGUGGAUGGGGGUGAGAGCUGGGGAGAGGAGAGCAGUGGGAUAGUAUAUGUAUAUGUACCUGUGUCGGCCUUUGCGGUGCUCCUGUACGUACUGCCUUUCUUGCCUUCCUCCCUCUAGCUCCCUCUCUUGGGUAGAAACUCUGACUUCGUGAGAGAGAUGUACGCGCUACCGCUACCGCUCUCCUACGGCCCAAUGGAGUCUCAGCCUCUUCCAAUUUCAGGGGCUACUUCAUUGGAGGCACAUCCCUCCAGGCAGCUGCAUACUUCCAACACUCCCUUCACACAAGCGCAAGGCUGUAUGGCCGUCUCCCCCCUCUCAGGGUCAGAAUUGAGGAGCUCACCCAGCACAUUGGGUUUCUUGGAUAUGCUUGAGGAAUCAGAUUUGGAGGGAGGCGCAUCUUUCUCCUACACGGGUGAGAGUGCGGGUACUCUUCCUGACAUAGCAGGACUACAGGUCUCCAACUCUGUCUCGAGCGACUAUCCCCAAGCACAGCAGCAGCAACACAAUGUUCAGGCCUACCUCGAACCCUCCAGCGAACAGCCCUCCCAAUCUCAUCGCCCAAGCGGCAGACACAAGUGCAGCACUGCGCAGCUCGCCCAACUCUCCUCCUUCUUUCAAUACACCCGUAAUCCCACCGGCAAGAUGCGAGCUGAGCUCGCCCAACGUCUGGGAAUGCCAGAGCGCAGUGUGCGAAUUUGGUUCCAGAAUAAAAGGGCGAAACUUCGGGCAAAGGAAGCUGGGGCUGAGGAGGGUUUACGGGAACAGCACUAUCACCAGCAGCAGGAGCAAGGCCAAGCCCAAGCCCAAGCCCAAGGCUAUGGGCAAGGCUAUGGCCAGGGAUGUUCAAAUAGUACUACGGCAGCAUCCAGUCCAACGUCAACUCGGACGGGACUGUCGACGCCGUACACGCCUUCAGUGAUGCUGGCGACUGGAACCGCGUCUGAGCGAGUAGUGCCUGCGCGUAAGGUCAGGAGGAGGAAGACGGUUGGAGCUGAAGGGGGACGAGAAUCCAUCACAUUCCUCCCCUCCUACUCCGUGACCAUCGGCACCUGGCGACGCGUGCAACCCCUCGUCUGCUUCUUCUCACGCAACGCCCGUACCCUCACCUGGGCACUCAAGUCCGACUCUGUUGGCUUUAAGCUAGAGCUACCCUGGGGCUCCAUUGAGGAGAUGAGCUUCCGAGGACCUCUUGCCCCUGCGGAGGCAGAGAGAGCAGAGGGUGUGUGUGAGCCGCUGGGAGUCCUCUGCGUUCAGCUUACACGUCCACCCAUCUUCUCGAUGGAAGUGUUUCGGUCUGCUGGGAAGCCAGCAGAGUCUGGUGUGCAUGGAGGAGGGGCGAGAUGGCGACAGUGUGAGGAUUUCACAGAGGGGAAACAGGCCACGAGCACUUUUAUGCACGUCUUGAGCGGACCAUUCCUACAGCUCAGGGAGACGGUACUGGCGCUGAAGUGCUGUCACCCUGAUUUGGAUGAGAAGACGCACCUUCUGGACGAGGUCAGCAGCAGUGUCAGUGUCGCGCACGCUCAGCACUACCGCUCUGUCGACGCUGUCCCUCUGUACUCAACCUUCAACGGACUUGGGACGGGAGGCCUGCCACAGGCCUCUCCUCUGUAUACCCAGCAGAGACCUGCAGAGCUACCCACAACUUCCACCGACUACGCCUUCUACAAUUCAUCCCUCUCCGCCGGCUUUGCCCCUUCGCACGACUUCUCCACCUCCUCUCUCUCUGCAUCCGCAUCUGUAGAGAUCAGUCCCAAAUCCCUUCACUUCCCCGCGCGAUCCAGCGCUAGCAGCGCUUAUGGAAAUGGGAAUGUCAUCGGGCUAGGUAUCGACCUGAGCCCUGUAAAGGAGGGUGGUUCGAUGCCCGAAAGGAGGCAGAUCGCUCCUCCGUACGGCGUCGCGCAAGGGAGAUCGCUACAGCUGCAGUCACAGUCACAGCAGGCAUCACAACCGCAUUGGCUCGCUCUUGCGCAAAACCAGCAGCAGCAGCAACAGCAACAGCAACAACAGUGGCAGAGUAGCCCUGCGAGCUUUACCGGAGGGCAGACGCAAGCUCACGCUCAAGCGCAAGCGCAGGCGCAGCCUCUGAUCAACAGCGCAAAGACGUACGUGCAGCUUUUCGAAUCUCUGCCCACUGAGAUGCAGGCUCGACAGAGGUGAUCACAAUGAUAGGCGAGGGUAAUGCUCAAUGCCACAAGCCUAUCUCCCUCUUCAACAUCCUAGCUAGCUCGUUUCUCGGAUCUCGUCCUAACGGUCUCACUUGUUCUCGUCAAUGGACCGCGUUCAGACUAUCCCACGCCCACUCACAGAAUACUUCACAUCUACAUCCACGCUCCUUUUAUCUUGUGUAAUCUCAGAUUCUCUAAUUUCAACAAGUGACGCCG